AUGGAUCCCUACUCGGCCGAAGGCGAGCUCAUCAACAUCCACAACCACUUCCACCAAGGACAGUACCAAGAAGUUGUUGAUUUCGACACAUCCGCGCUGUCCGCUGAGAACCAGCUUCCUGCGCGCGUGCUCCAGCUGCGUGCGCGCAUCGCCCUAGGCCAGGCCGCUGAGGUCCUGCACGAAGUCUCCGGAGAGAAGGCGCCUGAGCUCCAGGCGGUCGCUGCGUUAGCCGAACAGGCGCUUGGUAACAACGAUAAGGCUGUCGAUAUCGUGCAGAAGCUGGCUGCUGGCGAUGAGGCGGAGAAUGUGACCGUACAGAUCAUUGGUGGGACAGUUCUGCAGGCGGCUGGGAAAAGUGAAGAGGCUCUGGCGUUGCUGAACAAGCACCAGGGGAGCUUGGAUGCUGUUGCACUUAUUGUCCAGAUCUAUCUUCAACAGAACCGGAACGACCUUGCCGUUAAAGAAGUUGCAGCCGCAAGGAGAUGGGCGCAGGAUAGUCUGCUUGUUAACCUUGCUGAAUCAUGGGUUGGCUUGAGAUUGGGCGGUGAGAAGUAUCAACAAGCAUUCUAUGUGUUCGAAGAGCUGGCGCAAGCGCCGGCGACGUCCUCGGUGCGUACUUUGGUAGCGCAAGCCAUCAGUGAGCUGCACCUCGGCCGGACCGAAGAGGCCCAGGCUGCCCUGGAACAGGCGCUCAAGAAAGAUCCAAACUACGCCCAGGCGAUCGCCAACUUGCUCGUGCUGAACGUCAUUACGGGCAAGAAUGUUGAUGAAUUGACAAAUUCUCUGCGGAAUGCGGAUCCAAACCAUCCUCACCUGGUUGAUCUGGCCGAGAAGAGCGAGCUUUUCGACAAGGCAGCGACCAAGUACAAGGCUAGCAAGGCCGCGGCAUGA